AAAUAUAAGUAAUCCCGCACAACAGUGCGGGUCUUAAUCUAGUUUUUCCUUAUUUUUCAAUCAAAGAGAGACAAACACACAACUGAAAAUUAUUACACAACAUGAAAAAUUGGACCCCACAAAGUGACUAUAGUAGGUAGGACCCACAAACCGCCAUGAGGCACGCUGUCUAUCUAAAGUCUAAACCAAACUAAACCCAUCUUCCAUCUGAAUACUUUCUUACCCUUAACCUCUCAGACCUAACCCUAAAUCCAUCUCUCUCUCUCUCUCUCUCUCUCUCUCUCUUUUUCUCACAAGCUUCAUCUUCAUGUUUUACUAGUCCACCUCCAGUUUCAUUGUACAUGUACAUGACCUUGUAUCUCUUUUCUUUUGCUCUUCUUCAAAAUUUUCAAUCUUCUUCCCCUUGAUUAAUUGUAUUUCCAUACUCAAGCUAAGCUACUGGUUUUGGUUUGAGCGAAAGAGAAAAAGGAGAUUAAUUAACUAGGGUUUUUAAUUGUUUGUCUUUUCACUCAAGAAAUGGAUCAAGUCUCUCGCUCUCUUCCUUUUCUCUCAAGAGAUCUUCAUCUUCACCCACACCAUCAGUUUCAGCAUCAGCAGCAACACAAUCACGUCCACGAGAUCGACCAGCACCGAAUCAGCGGCCUAAAACGCGACCGAGACACUAAGAUCGAUCCAAACGAGCACUCUCCAGCCGGAAAAGAUCAAAACACUCCCGGUUCCGGCGGAGAAACCGGCGGUGGAGAUAAUCAAAUCACGAGAAGACCACGUGGCAGACCAGCUGGAUCCAAGAACAAACCAAAACCACCAAUCAUCGUCACGAGAGACAGCGCGAACGCUCUCAAAUCCCAUGUGAUGGAAGUAGCCAACGGAUGUGACGUCAUGGAAAGCGUCACGGUCUUCGCUCGCCGUCGCCAACGCGGUGUAUGCGUUUUGAGCGGAAACGGCGCCGUUACUAACGUUACCAUAAGACAGCCAGCUACGGUACCUGGUGGCGGCUCGUCUGUGGUUAACUUGCACGGACGUUUCGAGAUUCUUUCUCUCUCGGGAUCUUUCCUCCCUCCUCCGGCUCCACCCGCUGCUUCCGGUCUAACGAUUUACCUAGCCGGUGGUCAAGGACAAGUAGUUGGAGGGAGCGUGGUGGGUCCACUCAUGGCUUCGGGACCUGUGGUGAUUAUGGCUGCUUCGUUUGGGAACGCUGCGUAUGAGAGGUUGCCUUUAGAGGAAGAAGAUCAGGAAGAGCAGCAAACGUCUGGAGCGGUUGUUAAUAAUAAUAAUAAUAUCGAUGGAAACGGAACGAUGGGUGGUGGGACGCAAACGCAGCAGCAGCAGCAGUUGAUGCAAGAUCCGACGUCGUUUAUUCAAGGGCUGCAACCAAAUCUUAUGAGUUCAUCUGUUCAAUUGCCAGGCGAAGCUUAUUGGGGAACUCCGAGACCAUCUUUCUAAUUCGCCAAAAUAAUAAUAAUGAUACGUUUCUUCGUUUUUCAAUUUUUAAUAUAUCUUCUGUUAAAUUUUAAUUUUAUUUUCUAAAAGAUAAUUUGAUGAAGAUUUGGGGUACGUAUGGAAUCGACGAGAACCGUUUUGGUCAUGAGAAUGGUCGAUCGAUCUUUUAGGUUUGCGAGGGGGGUUUUGUGUGUCUGCGUUGACUAAGAAAAAAUAAUAAAUUGGUUCCAAGUUUUUAUGAUCCAUGUGUUAGUGAUAACUAAGCUUUGCGUAUAUGUUAAAUUAUAGUGCAUAUAUACGCUUAUUGAAAUGUUUAUAACGCUCAACGAGUACACCCAAGAAAAAGUUACAUGUUACUAACCAUGUCAAUUUUUUUUGUUGUAUACUAGGUCAAAUAUAUGUUUUUAGUCCGUUACUUAUUAAAGUCUAAAUCCAUUUCCCGAAAAAUUCACAUUGUUUGUAUGUUAUUAUUUUUCUGUGUUAAAGAUUUAUUAAUAGUGGUUAUUUGUAUUUAGUAUCAACGGCUAUAAAAUAAAAUUAUAUUAGUUGUAAGGUAGAAUAUAGAUCGUGAGGCAAGAGGCAUAAAAGAAAAAGGAGAAAAGGAUGAUUGUUCCGAGGUUGGUAAGAUAAUGGUGAGGCAAGAGGCAUAAUGACAAGAACAAGACUUGGGAACAAGGUGAUUGCAUUUGGCGGAUACUUGUAUUUACACAUUUACACGAAAAUCCUUAGAUAUGUACACUUUUUUUUUUAGAUAUGUACACUUAUACAAGUAGUUUCCUGAUAUUUAGAAACUAAUCAAAUAAUUGUACAGUAUAUUACUGUGAUGUUAUUUUUCAAGUAAGAAAAGAGUCGAGUAGAAAUAUAUACUAAAUCUUCGAACAAGAAAAUGAUGAUUACAUCGACUAGCUCACUUGAUCACUGCAUAUACUAUAUACUAUCACAUACUACUGUACAUUUUAUGGAAGAACAUAAUUUAUGUGUGUAGGGUUUGUUUUGUAAGUAGAUAGAGAAGGGAAGAAGAGCAUUGGAUGUAGCACCAACGCACGUGCGUGUCUCUGAGAAGGAAAAGUUCCUUUACGAGGAGAUGAGUGAAGUGAGAGUUCCUUACUUCCAAAGCCACCUCCCUUCCACACUUUCUUUUUUUUUUUGACUAAAGGCAUUCAUAUUAAAAUUACGGAAAGAAAUAAAAAGUUUUACAAGCAUAAAGCUAUAGUCAAACCCCUACACAAAAGCCCGUACAUAGUUAUAACCCAUAAUUGAGAUCAGAAUGACAAGGUUGAAUUUUUUCAAAAGAUCAGAUAGUUGAGGAGUCAGGGAGAUCAAUUCAUGGAGGUAUCGGCAGUGUGUUAAACCACCUUUGCAUGAGAGAGGAGGAUAGGGACGGCGAUGAAGAUCUAUAGCUCAGUAUCUUGUCCCUGAUCAGACGAUCCAAGGAGGAGAUAAUCAUGUCUGAUGAUUGGAACCGCUGACUAUGGAGCCGCUGAUUCCGCUCACGCCACAAAAAGUAGAUCACCGCUUGCCAACAUAAGAGGACGAGGCGAUUAGCAUGUCUAUCCCCAGUUAGUGCCAUCAGACGGUUUAUUGUAUCUUGCCAAGAGGGGGAGGAAGUGAAUGAACAUCUGCGCCCGACCUCCGACCAAACUCUCAUAGAGAAAGGGCAUCUAAAGAACAGGUGAUCCCUAGAUUCCGGUUCCAAAUUACACAACAAGCAAUUACUAUCCACCGAUAGUCCCCAAGCAAGGAGACGAUCACGCGUUGGGCAUCUAUUCAACACAACUAACCAGACAAGAAAGCUGUGUUUUGGGAUUCCUCGUUUUGUCCAAACCACCUUCGCCCACGGAACUUUAGCUUCUUCUCCCUUCAGUUCCCAAUAUACUUGUGAAGUUUUGUAUGUUCCCGAUGCUACUCCUUCUACUAUCCAUUCAUAACUGUCCUCAAUUCCCUCUUGCAGAACCAUAGUUGUUAGAGCUACUUGAACCUGAAUCAUUGCUUCCGAUCGUGCACGAGGUAGUAACCAGUUGCCCGACCUGUUAAGAUUCGCUAGAGUAGCAGCCAUGGGGAUCCCCUGUCUGGAUGCCAGAGUUGAAGCGAAGUGGUCCUGCAGAGAGCCCAACAGGGACCAGUUAUCCGUCCAGAAGCGGCACUCCACUCCAUUACCUACUCGCAUUUUGAUCCAUGUAUACACUUCUCCUCGCAUCUUGAUUAACUUGUUAGCUAACCAAGAGUUUGAAGCACUAGUUUUGACGGUCCAGAAGUUAGAAAGCGAACCCUGUAGGAUCUCCGACUUGAACCAAGCAACCCUUCCACACUUUCCCCAUCAUCUCUUAUCUGUCUCCCUUUUGCAUUUACAUCUCAUUUCCUCUUUCACCUUUUUCUAUAACCUAUCGAUCGCUCUCUCUUUUUUUUUUGCUGUCCGAACGAUUACUAUCAAUCAUAUAAUUAUAACGACAAAUAUAAUUUGAACAUAGCCUGCGCAAUUAUGUUGCGCAAUUAUGUUUAUGGUGGAUGAUAUACAUUCUUAUAUGUUGUCUAUUAAGAACAUGAUUAAUCUGGGCUUUUAAUUUGUGAUUCUUAACUCAUGUUUUGACACUUUUUUUUUUAUAUUUUUCGACUAAAAAUUGUCUCUUAAACCAUAAUUACCGGAAUCUUGAGAAUUUUUUUUCUUUUUGUUUUCUAAAAAAAAUUAAAAAAUAAACUUAUCGCGGGCAGCCACGUAUCGGUAGGGCUCGCAAACAAUGCAAAAACUCCCCAAAAACCGAUCAUUAUUUCGUGAUUUUAGAGAUCGGUUUCUAAAUUUUUUGUGGGAUCCACGCGUUAGUGGGGCCACAAACAGUUUAAAAACCUCCUUUAGAAACCAGCGAUAUUUAUGCUCUUAGGACAUACACAUCGGUGCAUCUAAUGACGUAUCUUAACAAAUAAGAGGCAAAAAAAUAAAUACAAAUUAAGCUAAUAAUCGUGGGACGUUAACAAAAUUAGAACUUUUCUUACGCGUCCUUGGGUAGCACGUGUCAAGAGAUGAGAGGAAGACUGAAGGGGUAGAGGUAGAGGAAACGUAUCGAGCAUUCUCGACUUCAUUCUUCUUGUCUCCUCUCUCUCUCUCUUUCCUCAAUCUCGACGGCGAUUUCAGUCUCGCAAUCUCGCAAGAAAAAAUCGACACCGAGCUCUCGUUAAAUCGUCAUCCUAUCCGCCGAAUCUAAUAUACCGCUGUGGGAUAAUCGAAAUCGGUGACGAUUCUCAACGUCUCCCACUUCUCUCUCACAUCGAAACCUUCUCCUCCGAAACCAGGUUCAAAGUGCUCACUUUGGAAAACGUAUCUUCAGCACUUUGGUGCUGUAGGAAAUAUUUCUGCAUAAGUAUAGUAUCUGAUUCUAUCAGAGGGUUCUCACUAAAGCCCUAGCUAUAAAUACUUGUUUCUUCAUCUUCUCCAGAUAAGCCUUAGCAGUCAACUAGCUGCCGAGAUUGCAGCCAAUCCAGGGCAGUCCAAGAGGGAUGUUCCUGGUGACUCAGAGAGAGAGAGAGAGAGAGAGAGAGAGAGAGAGAGAGAGAGAGAGAGAGAGAGAGAGAGAGAGAGAGAAGAGAGAGAGAGAGAGAGAGAGAGAGAGAGAGAGAGAGAGAGAGAGAGAGAGAGAGGAGAGAGAGAGAGAGUGAAAGAGAGAGCUUGGUGUAGAGUUCUUCUUGGGUUCCUCUUGUAUAUCUCCUCUUUCUUGUUGUUCUUCUUCUCUGUUCUUGAGAAGCUCAAGCUAGGUUGUUAGCUGAGUGUAAGAAAGUAACCGUGAGAGGGUGAUUGUAAUCUCCGGUGAAUUUUUUUUCAACUUUGUAAUUUUCUUUUUUUUUUAACUUUGUAAUGUUCUUAUGUUUAAUGUUAUAUGUUUUAUUGUAAAA